AUGGUGGACUCAAAGUACUUAUUUCGAGAUGUGGUCAUUGGUUGGCCAGGCAGCGUCCAUGACGCAAGAGUGCUUUCUAAUUCAGAAAUUUAUAAUCGUGGAUGUAACGGAGAUCUUUUUGAUCCCAAUAUCAAAGAAACAAUACUCGGUAUUGAUAUUGCUCCUGUUAUUCUUGGCGACCCUGCUUACCCUCUUUUGGACUGGCUAAUAAAAGCUUACCCAGAAAAUCAAAACACACCCAACUGGCAGAGGCACUUUAAUUAUAGGCUUAGCAGAGCACGUAUGACUGUAGAGGACACAUUUGGUAGAUGGAAAGGACGUUUUCGACGAGUUCUUAAGCGUGUUGAUAUGGCUGUUGACUCCACAUGUUACCUUGUGGUUGCUUCAUGCAUCCUUCAUAAAAUCUGUGAAUUAAAGAGGGAUGCCUUUUUAGAAGAAUGGCUCGAGGAUAUACAGAAUGCUGUUGAACAGCCCGACAUCAUCCCAUUGGCAAUUAUCGAAAGACAGACUGAAACAGAUGCCGCCAACAUUCGAGAUGCCCUUGCACUAUUCUUUAAGACACCAGAGGGCCGACAUAUUGGAAGGGGUGGUGAAUGA